AUGAUAUUCUCAAUUAGAAAGUAUGUGGUGCACAAUAAUGUAUAUUUUUUAAAACGAUCCUUUUUCUACUCUGUUAUUCUAAAUGCUAACAAUCAAGAAAGUGUUACAUCACAAUUUAACGAUGAGACAAAAUUACACGAAAAAAAUAAAAAACUGUUGAAUGUUGCAAUAUUAGGUUUACCAAAUGCUGGGAAGAGUACAUUAAUAAAUAAACUUAUACACAGAUCUGUUUGUCCUACAUCUUCAAAAGUACAUACUACGUUACAUAAAGCAAAAGCAAUAUAUACAGAAGGAGAUACACAAAUUGUAUUUAUAGAUACUCCUGGAUUAGUAAAUUCUCACGAAAUAAAAAAAUAUGAACUAUCAAAAACAUUCAAAAAAGAUCCUGAAACUGCAGUCAAUGAAGCAGAUAUUAUUGGAAUAAUACAAGAUGUAACUAAUAUCUAUACUAGACAUAAAAUUGAUAAUUUUAUCCUUGAUUAUAUAAAUAAUAAAAGAGAAGAUACACAACUAUUGAUGAUUUUUAAUAAAGUAGAUAAAUUGAAGAAAAAGGAAUCAUUACUCAAUCUUACAAGGAUGAUAAUAAAUAAUAAAAAUUACCCAAAAUUUAAUGAUAUUUUUAUGGUAUCUGCACUUACUGGAGAUGGUGUAAAUGAUCUUCGGAAUUAUCUGCUUGAUUCAAGUAAAAUUAAAGAUUGGAAAUAUGAAGAGGAAUAUUAUACUGAUCAACAAAUUGAAACUAUAACAGAACAAACAGUUAGAGCUAAAUUAUUAGAUAUACUUCCACAUGAUAUGCCAUACAAAGUAAAAAUAGAAAUAGAACAUUUCACUAUAGGUGAUGAUGGUACUAUCAAUGCCUAUGUAACAUUAAAUUGCCCUAAACAACGUUUUGUAAAAUCUUUACUGAAAGCAAAAGCUGCUAAAAUUAAAUGCUUAUCAUAUUAUGUAGAAAAAGAAUUACGUCAUGCAUUUAGAACUACUGUGAUUGUUCGUAUAAAUGUUUGUACAAAAACUAAUUCAAUAAAACUAUAA